CACAAUUUUAUAGCAACCUAGUUGGCCUCCUUUACCAUUAAUAUAAACUCUUUCCCUUCCCCCCUUUGGUUACUUCGUUGUUGGAGUAUUACUCCACAACAACAUGCAUAUUGGUGGAAGUCAAGAAGGCCAUUUAUUAGGCCUCCAUCCUUUGGUAAUUUACAAUUUUCUUUAUGUCAUUUUGCCAUCUAUAAAUCUCACCUUGCUCAAAGUACAAUUCAUCCCUAUUCAUAUGUAACAUCAAAGUAUUUCAAGUGGGAGAGGAAAGAAAAACUAAAGAGAGAUACUACAUUUUUGCAUUAUCUCCAUAGAUUAUAGUAGCAUUGUGCUACAUUAUUCCCUAAGAUGACUUCCUUGAAUAUUAUUUUGUACAUUGCAACAUUGUUAUUAGGCUUGAUUUCUCCUAGGGUUGUUGCUCAAAGAGCCUUCUUUGUGUUUGGAGACUCGCUAGUCGAUAAUGGGAACAACAACUACUUAUCCACUAGCGCGAGGGCUGAUAGGCCUCCGUAUGGGAUUGACUCACCUAAUGGCCCAACUGGUCGUUUCUCCAAUGGCCUCAACAUCCCCGAUAUAAUUUGUGAGCAACUUGGAAUAGAGCCUUUAUUGCCCAGCUUAAGCCCAGAGCUCCAAGGAGAAAGACUUCUUGUUGGUGCUAAUUUUGCUUCAGCCGGUAUUGGUGUUCUUAACGACACCGGCGUUCAGUUUAUGAACAUAAUAAGAAUAGCUGAGCAGUUCCAGUAUUUUGAGCAGUAUCAACAAAGAUUAGCAGAAUUAAUUGGAGAAGAACAAGCAAUAAAGAGAGUAAAGGGAGCAUUGGUGUUAAUUACACUUGGUGGCAAUGACUUUGUUAACAACUAUUUCCUCCUACCAGUUACGGCUAGACGUCUUCAAUAUCCCAAUCUUUCCGACUACGUUAACUUUGUCAUCCGCGAAUACCAAAAAGUUCUUUAUAGGCUAUAUGAGCUAGGAGCAAGAAGAGUAUUGGUAACAGGAACAGGGCCAUUAGGUUGUGUUCCUGGUGAGUUAGCCACACAAGGAAGUGCAAAUGGCGAGUGUGCGCCGGAGCCGCAACAAGCUGGUGCCCUUUUUAACCCAAGAUUGAACCGAAUGUUGCAAAAUCUUAACUCCAAAAUUGGUACUAAUGUUUUUAUUGCCUCUAAUACUAAGGGCAUGUUGGAUAAUUUCAUUCAAAACCCUAGAAAAUUUGGAUUCAAAACAUCAAGUAUAGCAUGUUGCGGACAAGGACCAUACAAUGGUCUAGGAUUAUGCACUCUUGCAUCAAAUCUAUGCAGAGAUAGGAGUGUUUAUGCCUUUUGGGAUGCUUUCCACCCUACUGAAAGAGCAAAUAGAUACAUUGUCCAACAAAUGAUGGUGGGUUCAAAUGAGCUCAUGCAUCCCAUGAACUUAAGCACCAUCUUGGCCAUUGAUUUAAGAACCUAAACGAGUGUGGCUAAGUCGAGAAUACGGUGCGCUUAUUAAGCGUGGGCAAUAUUUUUCGACUGGAAUUAUUGACAUGCUUACUUAAGUGAGAUUUGAGUAUUUUUAAGUGUGGAGUCACAAUUUUUUUUUUACGAUUGAUUGUUAUUUAUUUCUUUGGAUUCUACUUACUUUUUUAAGGGUAACCAUUGAUUAUUAAUAAGGUUAUUGUGACAUUAGGCAAGACAAGUGGCUAUAUAUGAAUGCUAUUUAUUGU